AUGUAUUCUCGGAGAUAUGACAGAAACCUGGACUUUGACAAUAAAAAGUCUGAACACGAACUGUUAGGAGAGUACAAUUCUAUAUCAUUUAAUGACUGCGCAGAGAAGUGUCGAAAAGAGUGUGGCGUCUUUGGAUAUAAUGAUGGAUUGAUGAAGUGCCGGACCCACAAGAAACUUCACAAGACUUCAGUGUCUGAUCAGGCCGGCUGGAGAUAUUUUUUUCAUGAUUUUAUUCCUACAGAUUGUAAGGAUCUUCGGAAAGAUGGUCACACUAAUACAGGAGUGUAUGAAAUCUAUCCCUAUGGCACAAUUACCAGUCCUGUCAGAGUUUACUGCGAUAUGGAGACAAUGGACGGAGGAUGGACGGCAAUUCAGAAACGGGUAAAUGAAUCCCUGAACUUUCACAGGAAUUGGACAGAAUAUAAGAAUGGUUUUGGUUCACCGGAACAGAAUGUCUGGGUUGGAAAUGACGUAAUUCAUCAAUUAACAAAAGAAAAGGACUGUUUCCUAUAUGUGUCCAUCACUCUCCAGAAUGGUACAACGCUGUAUGAAAUGUACGACCUAUUCUCGGUCUCCGAUGAAACAGAGAAAUAUCAACUCUUUCUUGCAGGACCUGCCACGGGAACCUUAGGAGACAGCAUGUCAAGUCAUGAUCAGUCUGGGUCGUACCUCAGCUUUAUUGACAUUAAGAUUAAUACAAGUGACAGUAUGUUAAGCACGGGAAUUUCUACUAAAUAUCUGUCUGGGAUGUCAUUUAGUACACCAGACAGAGAUAACGACAGGACUGGAGAAAACUGUGCCAGUCGCUUUGGAGGAGGCUGGUGGUUUAACUCCUGUCACCGGGCCUUCCUUAACGGGCCCUGGUACCCGGCAGUGUGGGUCAAUCCUUGGUUUACUACAGUUCCUUCCGGCUCAUCUGUGAGAAAGACGAUGAUGUUGAUCCAACGUCACUAG